GCCGAUAUGCCAGAAUAAUUUGCCACAUUGUCAGCUGGUUUAAUUUAAUUAUACACCGACCUCCUCAUUGGGUCAAUGGAAACGAUAUAAAAAACUGUCUUUUAAAAUAAUUAUACGCCACGCUUUGUUUUCCUGUUUACGGUUGUUUCAGAGGGGAAUAACGGUCCGCGCCAGCCACCUCGAUAUCCCGCAACCCCGGUAACAGGCUAGCUGAACAGGCUGUUAGCUGCCCAAAAUAUCCACCACCAAUGAAGCUCUUUGCUUUGUAUGGAAGCCAAUAGCAUCACUAACGGGGUUCAUGUUCUGUCGCGACAAUGAGGAGCGUUAUUGUGCUGUCACUACUGCUUCUGAACAUAAAUCACGUUAUGUCAGCACCCAAAGGCGUCACUGCCAGUCUUAAAGCCAAGUGGAGCAUGACGCCUUUCCUCCUGGAGACAAGUGAAUUUAUUGGAGAAGAUGGGAAUGAGAAAUUCUGGCAGUUUGUUGACACUGUGAAAGAACUCACUGUAUACAAGCAAGGAGAGUCAGUGCGCUCGUACUACAACUUGAUCAUUAAGAAGGCUGGACAGUUCCUCACAGAUCUUCAAGUUAAUCUCCUUAAAUUUGCUCUUGCCCUGCGGUCCUAUUCACCAGCUGUUCAUGCAUCCCAACAGAUAGCCAAAGAUGAGCCUCCGCCUGAGGCUUGCCCUGCCUUUGUCUCCAUCCAUGGGCAACACAGCUGCAGCACCAAGGACGUGAAGAAGCUCCUUAAGGCAGCUGCAGGCAGGCCAAAACCAUAUUUAUACAAGAACGAUCACGCAUAUCCAGGGAUCAAUAAAACAGACGUGCCAGUUGUGAUCUUGUAUGCUGAGAUUGGAACCAAGAAGUUCACCUCUUUUCAUAAGGUGCUGUCAGAGAAGGCUGAACAGGGCAUGCUAACAUAUGUGCUGCGCCAUUUUGUAGCGAAUCCAAAGCCUCAAAAGAUGCUUUUAUCUGGGUACGGUGUUGAGUUGGCUAUCAAAAGCACAGAAUACAAAGCUGUGGAUGACACCAAAGUAAAAGAUUCAAAGACGGUUGUAAAUGCAGAGGAUGACGAUAAUGAUGAAGUCCAAGGAUUCUUUUUUGGGACAUUAAAGAAAUCUCAUCCUGAACUCCAGGAGCAGCUUGUUGAGCUUCGCAAACAUCUCCUUGAAAGUACUAAUGACAUGGCCCCUCUAAAAGUGUGGGAAAUGCAAGAUCUGAGUUUCCAGGCAGCUUCUAGAAUCAUGUCUGCUCCAAAAUUUGAUGCUUUGAAGCUCAUGCGAGACCUCAGUCAGAACUUUCCAAGCAAAGCCAGAUCACUGACAAGAGUGGCCGUAAAGCAGGAAAUGAGAAAAGAAAUUGAGGAGAACCAAAAGCACCUCAGUGAGACCAUUGGUGUUCACCCGGGAGACGGUGAGCUCUUCAUCAACGGGCUGCACAUUGAUCUGGACAUUCACAAUCCCUUCAGCAUUUUGGACAUUCUCAGAUCAGAGGCCAAGGUCUUAGAGGGUCUUCAUAAUCUUGGCAUAAAAGGAGAACAUCAAGAUAAACUGCUGAGGUUACCUCUGAAUGCUGUGGAUGACAGCUAUGCUUUAGAUAUCAGACAUCCAGCUAUCAUGUGGAUGAAUGACAUAGAGAAUGACCUAAUGUAUCGCAGCUGGCCAACGGGUGUACAGGAGCUCCUAAGAGCUACUUUUCCUGGAGUCAUCCGACAGAUCAGACGCAAUUUCUUUAACCUGGUGCUGUUCUUAGAUCCACUGCAGGAAGAAAGUGGUGAGCUUGUGAAGCUAGCAGAGCUUUUCUACAAGCAUAAGAUCCCCCUGAGAAUUGGAUUUGUGUUUGUUGUCAACACCAAAGAUGAGAUUGAUGGCUUCUCAGAUGCAGGGGUUGGAUUUUACCGACUGCUGAAUUACAUUGCAGACGAGUAUGAUUUACCCCAGGCUCUGAUGUCUAUGGUCUCAUUGUACAGCAAAGUCGAUGUCGGGGAGACACUCUCUGCUGAUACGAUCUCUGCUUACCUGAAGAGAAAAUUCCCAAAAGCCAAUUCUGAAAGGAUUCUAGGAGUUGAAUCAGAGUAUGAUGAUAAAAGAAAGGAUGGUGCACUCUUCUAUAAAAAGAGUGGCUUGGGUGCCCUACCUUUGGCUUUAUUUAAUGGAGUCCCUUUGAGUCCUGAUGAGAUGGACCCAGAGGAGCUGGAAACAGUCAUCCUUCAGCGUAUAAUGGACACCACUACUGCCUUUCAGAGAGCUGUCUUUAUGGGUCAGUUAACUGAAGGCUCUGAUGUGGUGGACUAUCUAAUGGAACAGGCCAACGUAGUUCCCAGGAUGAACCCUCUUAUUUUAAGCAGUGACCGAAAGUACCUUGACCUCACAGCCACUCCAGUUGCAGAUGACUGGGAAGACACAACUAUGUUUUCUUAUUUGGAGUCCAGAGACAAAACAGCAGUGAUUGCUAAGAGAAUGAAGUACUUCACAAAUACUGAUGAAGAUGGGAUGACUCCUGUAACUUUAUGGAUAGCUGGGGAUUUUGAGAAAGUUUCAGGGAGAAAACUCUUGCUCAGUGCUCUGAAAAAUGUGCAGAAGGCCAGUCCUGGAGUGCGUGUGGGGGUGAUAGAUAACCCCAGUGAAAAACCCUACGAAGAUAACACUGUGCUGUACAGGGCUAUCUGGGCCUCUCUCCUCACCCAGAAGAAUAAGGCUGCAGCAGAGUUUGUGCAUAAACUCCUGAAAGAGGAGAGCAGCCAGCUCCUCCAGCAGGGGACCAAGAUGAAAGACUUACUGAUGCAGGGCAUGGAUGUGGAUGCCUUUGAGAAAAAAUUCAACACCCUUGAAGUUGAUUUUAUCCGCACUCAGCAGCUGUUCUGUCAAGACGUCCUGAAACUCAAUCCUGGACAGCGUGCAGUGAUCGGCAACGGCAGGAUUCUUGGUCCUUUUGAAGAGCAGGAAGAAUUCACUGUGGAGGAUUUCCACUUGCUGGAAAAGAUUACUCUGAGCAGUUCUGCAGAGAAAGUCAAAGCCAGAGUUAAACAGAUGGGAAUGAAGCCAAAGCAUGCCAGUGACUUAAUUAUGAAAGUCGAUGCCCUGCUAACUGCAGCCCCAAAAGGAGAAGUCAGAAGGGAUGUCCGCUUCAUCAAAGACACCCACAGUGUACUUCAUCUUUCUCCACGUGAGAACGCAGUGUUCUAUGAUGUUGUGGCCAUUGUUGACCCCCUCACAAGAGAGGCACAGAAGAUUUCCUCUCUUCUGACUGUGCUCAGUCAAGUGGUCAAUGUGAGACUGCAGGUGUUUAUGAAUUGCAGGGCCAAGUUGUCUGAGAUGCCUCUCAAGAGUUUUUACCGCUUUGUCUUGGAGCCAGAUGUGAUUUUCUUGGCCAACGACACAGUGUCUCCAGGGCCAGUUGCCCGUUUCAUCGAGCUCCCAGAAACUCCACUCCUCACCCUUAAUAUGAUCACACCGGAGAGCUGGAUGGUGCAGGCAGUGCGCAGCCCCUAUGACUUGGAUAACAUCCACUUGCAGGAGGUGAAUGGGGUUGUGACAGCAGAAUUUGAACUGGAACACCUCUUGCUGGAGGGCCACUGCUUUGACCUGUCAACUGGCCAGCCUCCUCGUGGACUGCAGUUUACGCUGGGCAUGAGCCGGGACCCGCUCAUGUAUGACACCAUUGUCAUGGCUAACCUGGGAUAUUUCCAACUGAAAGCCAAUCCUGGUGCCUGGAUUUUAAGAUUACGUAAAGGGAGAUCAGAAGAAAUCUAUCAAAUUCUCACGCACGAUGGAACUGAUUCACCUGCAGAUGCUGGUGAUGUUAUAGUUGUGCUGAACAGUUUCCAUAGUAAGAUCAUCAAAGUCAGAGUGCAGAAAAAAGCAGACAAGAUUGGUGAAGAUCUUUUAAGUGAAACUAGUGAAAGCAAAGGCAUAUGGGAGUCCAUAGCAAGUGUUUGGAGCACUUUUGAGAAAAGCAUCACAGGUGGUGGCUCAAAGAAGGAUGAUGGAGAGAAGAAAAAAGACGAUGUUCUAAACAUAUUUUCAGUGGCCUCGGGCCAUCUGUAUGAACGCUUUCUGAGAAUAAUGAUGCUGUCUGUGCUUCGGCAUACAGAGACGCCUGUCAAAUUCUGGUUUCUCAAGAAUUAUCUGUCUCCUUCUUUCAAAGAGACCAUCUCUCACAUGGCCGAGUCAUACGGCUUUCAGUAUGAGUUAGUGCAGUACAAGUGGCCCCGCUGGCUCCACCAGCAGACUGAAAAGCAGCGGAUUAUCUGGGGAUAUAAGAUCCUCUUCCUGGAUGUUCUAUUCCCUUUAGCUGUGGACAAGAUCAUCUUUGUGGAUGCCGACCAGAUAGUUCGGGCUGAUUUGAAAGAGUUGAGGGAUUUAAACUUGGAGGGCGCUCCUUAUGGCUACACACCAUUUUGUGAUAGCCGCAGAGAGAUGGAAGGCUAUCGUUUCUGGAAAACUGGAUAUUGGGCCUCACAUCUUGGACACAGGAAAUACCACAUCAGCGCCUUAUAUGUAGUCGAUUUGAAGAAGUUCCGUAAGAUUGCAGCCGGGGACAGAUUACGAGGCCAGUACCAAGCCUUGAGCCAAGAUCCAAACAGCCUGUCUAACCUGGACCAGGACCUUCCUAACAACAUGAUUCACCAGGUAGCCAUCAAGUCUCUUCCUCAGGAGUGGCUGUGGUGUGAGACAUGGUGUGAUGAUGCCUCUAAAACCACAGCUAAGACUAUAGACCUGUGCAAUAACCCAAUGACUAAGGAACCCAAGCUAGUGGCUGCAGCAAGGAUUGUGCCUGAGUGGGUUGAAUAUGACAAGGAGAUCAAAGAGCUGCUGAGACAGGUCCAGGAACAAGAAGACUCAACAACACAAAAGCAGACUCCCGCUCCCUCACAACAUAAAAAAGCAGACAACCGCCGUGAUGAACUUUAGUGUCUGCCAGCACCACGCUGAAAAGGAAGGAGGCAGCACCUUUUGCAUGCAGGCCACCUGUGAAGCUUGAAGACAGACAGUUCCAUCUAAACAUAGCCAUGGUGCGUUACAUCCCCAGCUGGAGGAGGAUGUGAUAUUUUCAGAUGCCAUACCUGCUCCUGCACUCGGUACAUCUUAAGAGAAUCAACACGUGAUGUAAUUGUUAACUGCUAGCCGUGAACUCAUGGUGUGCUGAGCUCUGCAGACAGAUCUUGUUAAGUAUGUGGUUCCUGAAAAAUGAAGCUAACACAGAGAGAGAAAAUAAAACAAGUGAGGUCAGUGUAGGGAUGUGUUGAAGGACAAACAGUGGGCAUUUAUUGCACUGAUAAUGUGAACAAAGAAUCAAAAUUAGGGAAGGUACAAUUUAAUUGAAAGUUUUAUUUUUUCAUUGAAAACUCUUUCAAAGGCUGUUUUUACAUCUUCUUAAUUUGACAUAGAAACAUUUUGACUGAAUCGCUAAAUGACUGUUAGAAUUACUUUCAAAGCUGUUAGAAGAACAGCAAUUAGCCUAAUGUUGACUAUUUGUGAAAUCCAUCCAUCCUUUUCUGAUUAUUUGUGAAGUCCCACCACCAAAUCAUGAGUGUUAAGUGUUAUCUUAGCAACUGUAAAUGUCAAAACCACAAGUGUUGAACUUUUUUUUCCCUCAUUUGUCUGCUUAUCUGUAACUUGGAGCUCCACUCAGCAGAAAUCCAGGAAACCACUCCUCCCGCAGCACUCCCCUCUCCAUUUUAGGCCAUCCAGUGAUGUUCAGCAUCACUCAGCAAAAGAAUCAUCUUUCAUUAUAUUUUAAACUUCUUUUAUUACCUGGCCCCAAAAGACCUGUAAUUAGCCACAGUCUCAUGUCCCUGCCUAGAAGGCCUGAAAAAAGCUGCAGGAGUCCAGUUCCCUCUCAGACCACUUAAAUUACAACGCGCUGAAAGGUUGUUCUGGGCUUUAAGCUAUAAAAAUGAGCUUGGUCAGCUGCCAGCCCAAAGACACGGGUCAUAGCUUCAGCUAGCUGGCUUGAUUACAUUAUUUUGGGGGAUAUUACACAUUAAUACAUUCUUUUACAGUAGCAAACAGUGUGAGUAUCUCUGUCCUACAAUACACAAAAUUGCUGUUCAUUUAUUUCAAAGACUGCGACAUGGAUCAUGGGUGAAAGUGUAGUCUUUGUUCUAAGCACAUGUAGCUCCGGCAUCAGUUUUGUCCCCUCAGGUGUAGGCAUGCAUUUGCCUUUGUUGUGCAAAGUGUUUGUGGUUUUUUUUUUUCUUCUUUAUUUAAAGUAACCUGUAACAUCUGAAAAUGAAUGGAAAGUUGCUUAAAAACACUAAUUGUUCUUCUGAAGUUUCUUCUCAACUCCUCAAAGUCUCUUUUAACCAUGUGAUGUAAAAGUAUUCCCUCUAUUAGACAGUAAAAAUAUGAACUUGUUUAAGUUGCAUUUCAGUGUUUGAGUUAAAGAUGGCAGCCCACAUUCAAGCUGGAAAGGUGAAUGAAAACAUUUAAAUUAAAAAUAAAUGUAAAUGCAGAGCAGUACAUCUGCCAUCUUUGAAUCCUGUGCGCACGCUGUGAGGUAACUAAAAGCAAGGCAGGGAAAACAAAGAGCGGGGCUUGAUGAAUUAUUGUCCGUCUCUGCCAGGUGUAACAUACGACUUUGCCUCAGCAGCCUGGAGGUGUACUGUGAAGCAAUUUUAACAUAAAGAGGCUUUCUUUACAUUAGCUGGCUCCUAAAAGCUAAAGCCUGAAUCAGAGGUCAUUAGAGUAUCAUGACCGUGGUAGUAAAUGCUAUCUGGCUUCAGGCUCUGGGUAUGUUUAAGAAAAAGGACCAACUUACUUCAGCCGUGAGCAGGGUCUUCUCCAAAGGCAGGGGGCUGGCUGCUUUUCACUUCUGCUGCAAAUGUUGUAAAUUUGCACUCCUCUACAUUUUGAAGCUUGAGUUACACAUUAAUUUGCAGAUGUAAUCAAUAAAUUAUGUUUUAUUAUUAUGAAUUAAGGCAGCCUACAUUAUAUGAAGUACAGUUAGCAUUAAACUGAUUUACACAUUACUCAAUUAAUAUAAUGUAUAAUGUUUGGAGAAGGGCCGCCCUGCUUAAUGAGUAUGCAGUUUAUUUUAGGUACAGUACCAGUCAAAAGUUUGGAGUGUGUCCAAACUUUUGACUGGUACUGUGUAUUUUUUGUACUUCUGUAGGCUUUUGAAUGCAGAGUACUGCUACUUUUACUUAAGUAAAGGAUUUAAAUACUUCUUAUUUUGUAUUUAAUAACUAUACAAAAUAAGUUCCACUUGGGCACAAGCCGUUCCUCAAGAGCCUGAAAACACUUUUCUAUUCCAGUUUUAAAAGAUGUAUUGUAAUUCUGAUUUAUAUACUGUAUAUACAUAUUUAAACAUAAGUAUACACUGAAGUAAUGAGACUCAUUGUGGAUUGAAGGAUGUGAUUAUCGCAUCAGGUUUUAACAAAAAGUCAAUUUUACUGAUUGAGCCUUCAUUGUGAUUAAGAAUCUACCAAUAAUCAAAUGUGUUCUAAUAACUGCAAUACCAGCAGUGUAAAACUGACUUGGAAGCAAAUCCGAGUCGAUCAUAAGACAUAUUUAUGCAUUUUGUGCACCACUAGUUGAAUGCAUGUUUACUGCUACUGCAUAGCUGCAUUGAGUGACUAUACUAAUGUUUAUAUAUGAUGCACUGUUCCCACAGCUGAGAGUCUACAUCACUCUUAAAGAACAUUGGAAAAAUUGGUGAAAAAGUGGUUCUCUUUAGAGCAACCUGUAAUUUAAAACUAUGAGCAUGACUUCUGGAGCAGGUUAGGAUUGCAUUAUAAGUACUGUGCUCAUCUAUCCAGGUAGUGAGAGCCACCUUUGCGACAGUGAAAACUCUGGUUUUAGUGUCAUCAUUCUUCUAGCCCAUUCAUCUUGCUCUGUAGUACACCCCUCAGGCAAGACGUUCAUAUUAUGGAUGAAAAGCUCCCCAUUCACACACUUAAGGUCAUGGUUUAUGGAUAGUAUGGGGUUACUACAGUAUGUUUACAUGUAUUUUAAACUUCAUUGUACUUUUACAAUUUUCUCUUUUUUGUUGUUGUUUAAAUUCCACAAUGAACCAGUGUUUUGUCUCAGGAAUCAACUGUCCCAAGAUCAGUGUUGCUGCUGUACUGAGUAAGAUUUUCUGUCUUAAAAGUGAAAAGGGGAAAAAAAAAAAAAAAUGGGUGCAGGAAGGCUGCUCUCAGGGCACCCAUCUUUCACUGUGCUGUAUCAAACAGAAAUGUUUAUAUUACUGUUUGGUGGAUCAAGAAUAAAUCUUUGCUACAAAAUGUCA